CAGACACAGCAGUCACAUGACUUUGUAUACUCAGGGGUCUCCAAACAUUUCAAACAAAGGGCCAGUUUACUGUCCUUGAGACCUAAUGGGGGCCGAGCUAUGGCCAGUGGGAGUAGAAAGUGGUGGCUAGUGAAAGUAAACAACGCCCUAUCUUUGGUGUCAGUGGGAGGAAUAGUGCCCCAUCAUUGGUGUCAGUGGGAGGAAUAGUGCCCCAUCAUUGGUGUCAGUGAGAGGAAUAGUGCCCCAUAAUUGGUGUCAGUGGGAGGAAUAGUGCCCCAUCAUUGGUGUCAGUGGGAGGAAUAGUGCCCCAUCAUUGGUAUCAGUGGGAGGAAUAGUGCCCCAUCAUUGGUGUCAGUGGGAGGAAUAGUGCCCCAUCACUGGUGUCAGUGGGAGGAAUAG